CUUCUCUGUACCGGGGGCUCUCUUUCAUGCCUACGGUUACCGGUGCGUGAGGCAGGUAGGAGCUGGGAGCUUCUUCGACUAGACCCCCGCCAUGUCCCCCUGCUCCCUCGGUGGCCUCCUUCUACUGCUGCUGUGCCUGCUUGGGGACGUCAUCGCUGGGAGAGAUUUCUAUAAGAUUUUGGGGGUUCCUCGCAGUGCAUCUGUUAAAGAUAUUAAAAAGGCCUACCGAAAACUAGCUCUUCAGCUUCAUCCAGAUAGAAACCCAGAUGAUCCCCGCGCACAGGAAAAAUUUCAGGAUCUUGGGGCUGCCUAUGAGGUAUUGUCAGAUGAGGAAAAACGAAAGCAGUAUGAUGCCUAUGGAGAAGAAGGGUUAAAAGAGGGACAUCAAAGUUCUCAUGGAGAUAUUUUUUCACAUUUCUUUGGAGAUUUUGGUUUCAUGUUUGGAGGCAGUCCUCGUCAGCAAGACAGGAACAUUCCAAGAGGAAGCGACAUUAUUGUGGACCUAGAAGUUACAUUGGAAGAAGUGUAUUCAGGAAAUUUUGUGGAAGUUAUUAGAAACAAGCCAGUUGCAAGACAGGCACCAGGGACACGGAAAUGCAAUUGCCGGCAAGAGAUGAGGACAACACAGUUAGGCCCAGGACGUUUCCAGAUGACACAAGAAGUUGUCUGUGAUGAAUGUCCCAAUGUCAAACUUGUAAAUGAAGAACGAACAUUAGAGGUGGAGAUAGAACCUGGUGUUAGGGAUGGGAUGGAAUACCCCUUUAUAGGGGAAGGAGAACCUCACGUUGAUGGAGAACCAGGUGAUUUGCGCUUCCGAAUAAAAGUUCUUAAGCAUCCAGUUUUUGAAAGAAGAGGAGAUGAUUUAUAUACAAAUGUGACUAUCUCACUUGUGGAAGCUCUUAUUGGAUUUGAAAUGGAUAUUGCUCAUUUAGAUGGACAUAAGGUCCAUAUUGCCCGGGAUAAAAUCACAAAACCUGGAGCCAAGCUGUGGAAGAAGGGCGAAGGUCUUCCAAACUUUGAUAACAAUAACAUCAAAGGCUCUCUCAUCAUUACAUUUGAUAUUGAAUUUCCAAAAGAACAAUUGACUGGAGAACAGCGAGAAAGUCUUAAACAAUUGCUGAAACAAGCAUCUGUUCAGAAGGUGUAUAAUGGACUGCAGGGCUAUUGAGACAGAGACAAAUGGACUUUCUUGUGGAUAAAUGAAAUAAGUACUGUAAAAUGCAGCCUUUUCUGCCGGUCAUUGUAGAACAAAUGCAGAGGGUGGAGUAACCUCUGAAACCUCCUUUUUUACAAUAGUAAGGAUAAUUCUGGGAUGGAUCAGAAGACAACAAACAAAAUUUCUUUAUUCUGGAUACAACUGGUGCUCUAUUUGGAGCAAUAAGGCUCCAGCAGUUGAGAGAGAGAGAGAGAUGGUGUUUUUAACAGGAUUAGCACACUGAAGUUCCGUUUUCAAAUAUAUUUUGAUGUUACUUUCCUUGUCACUCUUAA